AUGCUAUUGGCAGAUGGUGUUCAUCAACAACAUUUUAUGAAAACAUUGAAGUAUUUUAUCAGAGUUGGAACAAACUGGAGCGAGGUUGCAAUAGAUGAUUCAACUUUUGUAGCAUUUACUCCUGAAAUUAAAUGUGUUAAAUAUAUUUUUGAGCAAAGUACUAGUAUGGAAAUAGUUACUGAGUGA